CGUUAUUUUGUGUUUAUGCACUCGUUUGGUGAGGGUCUCAUUCGUUGCUCUCUCUGCUCUUACAUCCUUUACCUCAGAGCAAGGACUUGUUCUUCACUGGUUUGGCAUGUGCCAGAAUGUGCGGGAGAACAGCUUGCACUCUUGCGCCGAAUGAGCUGAGUCGUGCGGCUCGCUAUCGAGACCGGACGGGACAACGGCGCAGGCCCCAAUGGAAGGACGGAGACACUGACAAAUACCGGCCCUCAUACAACAAGAGUCCUCAGUCCUUCAGCCCCGUACUGCUGUCCAACAAGCACUUCAACAAGGAUUCCCCAGUAGAUGAGUGUGUGUUGGCAGCGAUGCGCUGGGGUCUCGUCCCGGCGUGGUUCAGAGAGAAUGACCCUAGUAAGAUGCAGUACAGCACCUCUAACUGUCGCAGUGAGAGCCUGCUACAAAAGAAAUCUUACAAGGAUCCUUUUCUGAAAGGACAGCGCUGUGUCAUCCUAGCUGACGGCUUCUAUGAAUGGAGGCGAAUGGAGAAAGAGAAACAGCCUUUCUUCAUUUACUUUCCUCAGAGCCAAGGAGGUCAAGUGCCUAGUCAACAAAAUACACUGAAAACAGAAAGUGACCAAAAAUUGGACCAAGGAGAGAGUGAUCAGGACGACAUUGACUGGACAGGGUGGCGUCUGCUGACAAUAGCAGGGCUCUUUGACUCCUGGACUCCACCUAGCGGUGGAGAGACGCUGUACACUUACACUGUUAUUACCGUAGACGCCUCUCCAGAUAUACAAAGCAUCCAUAACAGGAUGCCAGCUGUGCUGGACGGUGAGGACGAAGUCAGACGGUGGUUGGACUUUGGAGAAGUGAAGUCACUAGAAGCCAUGAAAUUACUGCAGCCAAAGUCUUCCUUGACCUUUCACCCCGUCUCCUCAUUCGUCAACAAUUCCCGCAACAACUCCCCAGAGUGUCUGCAGCCUGUAGACCCCACAGUUAAGAAGACCGUUCAACCUACAGCCAGCAGUAAAAUGAUGAUAAGCUGGCUGAAAACUGCCUCGCCAGUUAAGAGGAAGAAUCCUGAUGAAGAUACUUCGGCUAAAGCACCUGAAGAAAAUCUUGCCGCUGAGAAGAAAACCAAGCCAGCUGGGCCUCUCCAGCAGUGGCUGCUGGGAACGGGUUCCCCCAAGAAACCAAGGACUUAAACACAAUUACAGUGUUUUUCAGCAUGUUCAAAGCUGCCUAAAGAUUCAAAAUGCACCUUGACAUGCUUAAAAAUGUUUGAUAAAGUAGUAGUUCACUCAAAAAUGAAAACUGCUGAAAAUGUACCCACCCUCAGGCCAUCCAAGAUGUAAAUGAUGUUUCUUAAUUAAAAUCUUGCUUAAAAAUGGAUCCUAAGCAAGUGAAUGGGUCACAAUAAUCCAAACGACUCCAGUCUAUCAAUUAACGUCUUCUGAAGUGAAAAACUGUGUAAGAAACAAAUCCAUUAAGGUAUUUUAACUACAAAAUACAAGACUAUAAUCCAUAAUAAGGCUCCUUUCACAUCAAAAUACACCAACGUGGUUGUUUAAAACAGUUUUCGCUUGCAACCGGUGUUUAAUCUGUGCAUAUUUCUCUCCUGAUUCAGACUAGAUGACUUUAACCAGAGAAAGCAAUAUUUUUGAAAGAGGACUUUUAUUCAGCACCAAUGGUUUUAAGUUAAAAUCUUUUUAAUGAUGGAUUUGUUAAUUACAAACAUGCAGCUUUUCACUUCGGAAGACGGUAAUUGUUUUACUGGAGUUGUGCGGAUUGUUGUGAUGUUUUUAUCAGCUGUUUGGAGUCUCAUUCUGACGGCACCCAUUCAUUGCAGUUAGCAGAGGAUCUGUUAGUAAUGUUAAGUUUCUCCAAAUCUAUUCUUUCAAUCUUGGAUGGCCUGAAAGUGGGUAUAUUUUCAGCAAAUUUUCAUUUUUGGGUAAACAACUACUCCUUCAAGACAGUUAAGCACUCAUUUGCCAAGUAUUCAGUGUGUAGUAGUAGUAGUUUUAUUUUUAUAUGAUGAAAAUAAAAUUUUAUGUCAUUUAUAAUAGUUAAAGGGUUACUCCACCCCAAAAUGAAAA